CCGCCCGCCGACGUCGUCCUCCUCGACCCGAAAGACUACCUGGAGAUCCCCUGGGCUGAGCUGCGCUCCAUGGUCGAACCGUCCUUUGCUGAGAGAUCGUUGAUCUACCACAAAGAUUACCUCAGCGAUGCGACCAUCGUGACAUCUUCUGCGGUCAAUAUCACUGAACACGUUGUCCUGACUGUUGACGGCCACUCUCUUCCAUAUGAUUAUCUCAUCAUAGCGACUGGCCAUGCUUUGGCUUCUCCUGCCAGCAGAGCUGAAAGGAUAAAUGAAUUCCAGAGAGAUAAUGGGAAGAUAGAGUCAUCAGAAUCUGUGCUGAUAAUUGGGGGUGGUCCAACUGGUGUUGAACUGGCUGGAGAGAUUGUGGUAGACUACCCAGGGAAGAGGGUGACCCUUAUCCAUAGAGGACCGCGUUUACUCGAAUUCAUUGGAGAUAAGGCUUCAAAGAAGUGCCUUGAUUGGCUUACUUCGAAGAAAGUAGACGUGCUCCUUCAGCAAUCGGUUGACUUGGGCUCAUUAUCAGACACAGAGAAGGUGUACAAGACAUCAGACGGAGAAACAGUAACAGCUGAUUGCCACUUUGUAUGCAUUGGAAAGCCACUGAGUUCGUCGUGGCUACAUGAUACCAUCCUAAAGGAAUCCUUGGACAGCAAGGGGAGAGUAAUGGUGGAAAAGGAUUUAAGAGUGAAAGGUUUUAAUAACAUUUUCGCGAUUGGUGACAUCACAGAUAUUCCUGGGGUGUUUGGUUCCAAGGACUAA